UCUCUCUCCUCUCAAUCAAACUCCCUCUUGUUCUCUCCAUUCCCUUUGACCAUUGUCCAACAACACACUCUCUCUCUCACUCUCUCCCUUUCCUCUCUUCUAUACAACUCUCCACUUUCUUUUGUUCUUUGUUGUGUGUGUCUUGGUCCUUGGGUUGAUAAAGACAUUGACACUUCCUUCACUGCAAAAAGAGAUCAAAAGGGCUUGUUUCAGAUCUCCUUCAUUCAAUGUCCAGAAAAAGAAACAUCAUCCAUUGUUGACUUCCCCACCAAGCCUAGAUGAGAUCCCUUUAAAAUCCCAUUUUCAUUUUCUUUCUCCAUUACCCUUUCUUUGAAAAACACUCUGUUUUUGCUCUGUUCUUAUGGCUGAAGCUGCUGAGCCCAACAAGGCAUCAUCAUUGCCUGAAGCAGAGAAGAAGAAGGAACAGAGCUUACCCUUUUACCAGCUCUUCUCAUUUGCUGAUAAAUAUGAUUACAUGCUCAUGAUCUCUGGAAGCAUUGGAGCUGUCAUUCAUGGCUCUUCCAUGCCCUUUUUCUUCCUCCUGUUUGGUGAAAUGGUGAAUGGUUUUGGCAAAAACCAGAUGGAUUUAAAGAAAAUGACAGAUGAAGUUGCCAAGUAUGCUCUGUACUUUGUUUACCUUGGCCUUGUUGUUUGCAUUUCAUCAUAUGCAGAAAUUGCAUGCUGGAUGUACACUGGGGAGAGGCAAGUGAGCACCCUGAGGAAGAAGUAUUUGGAGGCUGUGCUGAAACAAGACGUUGGUUUCUUCGACACCGAUGCUAGAACAGGGGAUAUUGUAUUCAGUGUCUCCACAGACACAUUGCUGGUUCAAGAUGCUAUCAGUGAGAAGGUGGGAAAUUUCAUACACUAUCUAUCAACUUUUCUGGCGGGUUUGGUGGUUGGUUUUGUGUCAGCAUGGAGGCUAGCGCUUCUUAGUGUUGCGGUGAUUCCUGGCAUUGCAUUUGCUGGCGGCUUGUAUGCUUACACCCUCACUGGCCUCACAUCAAAGAGCCGUGAAUCCUAUGCAAAUGCUGGCAUAAUUGCUGAGCAGGCCAUUGCUCAAGUUCGAACUGUUUAUUCUUAUGUUGGUGAGAGCAAGGCACUGAAUUCUUAUUCUGAUGCAAUUCAAAAUACACUGAAACUUGGAUACAAGGCUGGAAUGGCUAAAGGUUUGGGCCUAGGAUGCACAUAUGGGAUAGCUUGCAUGUCCUGGGCACUAGUUUUUUGGUAUGCUGGAGUUUUUAUCAGGAAUGGACAAACAGAUGGAGGCAAAGCAUUCACAGCUAUUUUCUCUGCUAUUGUUGGUGGAAUGAGUCUGGGUCAGUCAUUUUCAAAUUUAGGUGCUUUCAGCAAAGGCAAAGCUGCUGGAUACAAGUUGAUGGAGAUCAUCAAGCAGAAACCCACCAUAAUUGAAGAUCUAUCAGAUGGAAAGUGCUUGGAUGAGGUUAAUGGCAACAUUGAAUUUAAGGAUGUUACUUUCAGCUACCCGUCAAGGCCGGAUGUGAUUAUCUUCCGCAAUUUCUCGAUCUUUUUCCCUGCUGGAAAAACUGUUGCGGUUGUUGGUGGUAGUGGAUCUGGGAAAAGCACUGUUGUUUCCUUGAUUGAGAGGUUUUAUGAUCCAAAUGAAGGUCAGGUUCUGCUGGAUAAUGUGGACAUUAAGACACUACAACUAAAAUGGUUACGUGAUCAAAUUGGGUUGGUGAAUCAAGAACCUGCACUCUUUGCAACUACCAUCCUUGAGAACAUACUCUAUGGGAAACCUGAUGCAACAAUGGAUGAAGUGGAAGCCGCGACUUCUGCUGCGAAUGCUCAUAGCUUUAUUACCUUGCUUCCUAAUGGCUACAACACUCAGGUAGGAGAGCGAGGAGUGCAAUUAUCCGGGGGCCAAAAACAGAGAAUUGCAAUAGCCAGAGCUAUGUUGAAGAACCCAAAGAUCCUUCUUUUAGAUGAAGCAACCAGUGCCCUUGAUGCGGGAUCCGAAAGCAUUGUUCAAGAGGCGCUAGACCGUCUCAUGGUUGGGAGAACAACCGUGGUUGUUGCUCAUCGUCUAUCAACCAUAAGGAAUGUUGACAGCAUUGCAGUUAUACAGCAAGGGGUGGUUGUUGAGACAGGAACACAUGAAGAAUUGAUCGCCAAGGCAGGAACCUACUCCUCGCUGAUUCGGUUCCAAGAAAUGGUCGGAAAUAGAGACUUCUCCAACCCUUCAACUCGCAGGACACGCUCGUCCCGGUUGAGCCAUUCGCUGUCCACCAAGUCCCUAAGCCUCAGGUCAGGCAGCUUGAGGAACUUGAGCUACCAGUACAGCACCGGAGCCGACGGUCGCAUUGAGAUGAUCUCGAACGCUGAAACGGACAAGAAAAACCCAGCUCCUGAUGGGUACUUCUUCCGCCUGCUGAAGCUAAAUGCUCCUGAGUGGCCUUACUCAAUCAUGGGAGCUGUGGGGUCUGUUCUUUCUGGAUUCAUUGGGCCAACUUUUGCUAUUGUCAUGAGCAACAUGAUUGAGGUCUUCUACUUUAAAAACUAUACAUCCAUGGAGAGGAAGACCAAGGAGUAUGUUUUCAUAUACAUUGGUGCUGGUCUUUAUGCUGUUGGUGCAUACUUGAUCCAGCAUUACUUUUUUAGUAUCAUGGGAGAAAACCUCACUACAAGGGUUAGAAGAAUGAUGCUUGCCGCUAUUAUGAGGAAUGAAGUUGGAUGGUUCGAUGAGGAGGAGCACAAUUCAAGCCUUGUUGCAGCUAAACUUGCAACUGAUGCAGCUGAUGUGAAGUCUGCCAUUGCUGAAAGGAUAUCAGUAAUACUACAGAACAUGACAUCACUCCUCACUUCUUUCAUUGUUGCUUUCAUUGUGGAGUGGAGGGUUUCUUUGCUCAUCCUUGGAACCUUCCCUCUUCUUGUUUUGGCUAACUUUGCUCAGCAACUUUCUCUUAAAGGGUUUGCUGGAGACACAGCCAAGGCUCAUGCAAAGACUAGCAUGAUUGCAGGGGAGGGAGUAAGCAACAUCAGAACAGUCGCAGCAUUCAAUGCUCAGAACAAGAUGCUCUCUGUCUUUUGCAAUGAGCUUCGAGUCCCGCAGCGCCACAGCUUCCGCCGGAGCCAAACAUCCGGCAUCUUAUUCGGCCUCUCUCAGCUAGCCCUUUAUGCCUCUGAAGCACUCAUUCUGUGGUAUGGUUCACAUUUGGUGAGCAAAGGUGUUUCAACCUUCUCAAAAGUUAUCAAGGUGUUUGUGGUGCUGGUCAUCACAGCAAAUUCAGUAGCAGAAACUGUGAGCCUUGCCCCGGAGAUCAUCCGCGGCGGCGAAGCUGUUGGCUCGGUGUUCUCAAUUCUCGACCGCGCAACUCGGAUUGAUCCAGAUGAUCCUGAUGCUGAAUCGGUUGAAUCAGUUCGCGGAGAGAUUGAACUUAGACAUGUUGAUUUUGCAUACCCGUCUAGGCCUGAUGUGAUGGUGUUCAAAGAUUUCAACCUUAGGAUCCGUGCGGGUCAGAGCCAAGCUCUUGUGGGGGCAAGUGGGUCAGGGAAGAGUUCUGUUAUUGCACUGAUAGAGAGGUUCUAUGAUCCCAUUGCUGGAAAAGUCAUGAUAGAUGGAAAGGACAUAAGGAAGUUGAAUUUGAAGUCUUUGAGGCUCAAGAUUGGGUUGGUACAACAAGAGCCUGCACUGUUUGCUGCAAGCAUUUUUGAGAACAUUGCAUAUGGCAAGGAAGGCGUGACCGAAGCUGAGGUAGUUGAAGCUGCUCGUGCCGCCAACGUGCAUGGAUUCGUGAGCGGUUUGCCAGAAGGUUACAAGACCCCAGUUGGCGAGAGAGGUGUGCAGCUAUCCGGUGGGCAAAAGCAAAGAAUUGCGAUAGCCAGGGCUGUUCUCAAGGACCCCUCAAUCCUUCUUCUCGAUGAGGCCACAAGUGCACUUGACGCUGAAUCAGAAUGUGUCCUGCAAGAAGCCUUGGAGAGGCUCAUGAGGGGCCGCACCACCGUGCUCGUGGCUCAUCGUUUGUCGACCAUCAGAGGGGUCGACAGCAUUGCGGUGGUGCAAGAUGGGCGCAUCGUGGAGCAGGGGAGCCAUGGUGAACUUUACAGCAGGCCAGAGGGAGCAUACUCUAGACUCUUGCAGCUACAACAUCAUCACAUAUGACCUUGGGUUGAUAAUUAUGUUUGGGUCCCAUUAACCUCAUGCUUGAUCUUUCUUUAUUAGAUGUAGAUAUGUGUUACAUGAGGUUUGUUUGUACCUUUGAGGAUAAAGUUGAUCUUAUUUCAAAUGGAGUAUCAAGUAUUAUAUUAAUCAUAUAUAAAAGUUGCAUAUGCAUGUUAUC